AUGAGCCCGUUCCCCAAGAAAACUCCGUUGGACUUGGGCCAUUCUGAUGUUCGGACCCAAUUCUUCUUCAAAGUCCCAAAUGGUGUUUCCCAAUUCCUCUUGUUCCUUGCGGAAAUCUCACUCUCGGUGGAGGAGGUCCGAACCCCCAAUGUCAACACACCCUGUUGCAUAGAGACUGGCCUCAACGAGUUGGUCACGGCAGGGAGAGCGUACUUUCCGUCGAUCGAUGGCUCGACAGGGGUUUCUUUGCCUCCAGCUGGCCUCGUUGGCUGGUCGAACAUCUGUGGAGCUGCAGGCCAGAUGACAUUUGAAGGGGGAGGGCCUUCCCCUGGCAAAGACAGACAUGUCGACCUGGAAACAGUUCAAGAGAUCAUUGGACUUGGGUGUAGAUGCGCAGCAAUGGUUCCCGAUCUGGAGGGACCAAGUCUGGGCAAUAGCUCUCCGGAAGCCAUGAGCAUGCCCGGAACUCACCUAAACAUCACCCAGCGUUUUUACACAUGGCGUGGCAACCAUGGGCCCAAGAAAGAAAGAGGUCAAUGGCACCAAAGGCCUCCAUGCUACGAUGCAGGACGUUCUCUGGUAGGCAGCAAAUACAAUCAAUCGGCCGAUGGCUUGUUGAGCGUAUGGACAAGCGGCCGCGGGCCAGAAUCGACCUUUGAAGAGCCAAGCACCAAGAAGUGA